UCCGGGUGGACCCGCAUCUCGCGCUCUCCUGAAACUCGAAUCGCCAGAGGCAUCAUGGGCUUCGGGAAGUCCUCCCCCUUCCUGGCUUUCAGCAUCUUGGUCCUGUGCCAGGCAGGCAGUCUCGAGGCAACACCACUCAGGUCUGCUUUGGAGACCCUCCCAGAUCCCGGGGCACUCAGUGAGAAGGAAGGGCGCCUCCUGCUGGCUGCACUGGUGAAGGCCUAUGUGCAGAGCAAGACCAAUGAGCUGGAGCAGGAGACGGAGGACUCCAGCAUCACUGCCCAGAAGAGGUCCUGCAACACCGCCACCUGUGUGACCCAUCGGCUGGCAGGCUUGCUGAGCAGAUCUGGGGGUGUGGUGAAGAGCAACUUCGUGCCCACCGAUGUGGGGUCUGAAGCCUUUGGCCGGCGCCGCAGGGACCUUCAGGCCUGAGCAGUGCAAUGACUCUGGGAAGAAGGUUACCAGGAAGCUGAACUCACCACUUCUAUUAAUUUCUGUUGACAACAACUUGGUGAGGAGGCCCCAAGGAAGAUAUACAUGUUUGCAUCCUAAUAGAUAUCAAAAAAAAAGCACCUUUGUCACUUGAAAGGAAUGAAACUGAAUGCAAAAUAAGCUAAUUCCAUAUUUCUUGUGCAUCUUUUUUAUAUUUGAUUCUUUGUGCAGUAAAUGUGAUGGCAUCUCUCAUUAGCUUAUCUGGUAGCAAAUUGGUUCUUUGAAAGCUGUCCUGUUGUCCAUGGCAGCUCCACCGAAUCUUAGGGGGACAUUAAAUCACUGCCUCUAUGGCCUCUGGGGACACAUGGUAAUGGUGAUGCUAUGCUUUAUUGUCUAAGAACAUGGUUGUAUAAUUUGUUUAAAGAAAUGUCAAUAUUGUGCCAUUUGUGAACUUCAUUAAGAUUAAAGACAUAUUUUGGAUACACU